AUGCCCCGGUCGGGCCAGGCUCUUGGGGCUCUUCGGGGCUCUUGGGGCGCAUGGCGAGUGUGCAGGCCUGGCUGUUGCUCGACGGCGCCUUGUGUUAGCUUCUUCACCGCGUCUGUUGGCCUCUUGCGUUUCCUGCAGGGCUUGACCGCUUCGGCUUCCUCACCUGUCCUGGGGGCCCAGCCGGGCGGCCCCUGGGUCAAUCGCAAGUUCGACUCGCUGCAUGCCGUGGGCAAGCAUGUGGUCAUGCCGCCAAUGAAUGAGGCAGCCGCAGUGGCAUGGAAGGCACGCAGAAAGGCAACCCUGCAAGGGCAGCUGGGGACCGGAAACAGCAUCAGCUCUGUGGUCCAGUAUCCUGUAUCCACACGUGAUCCGGACAACAUGUGUUCCAACUACAAAAGACAUCUGAGUGCAGAGGAUCGGCGGAUUCUUCGAGUGCGUGUGAAGCAUCACAUGCGAGGGAAGCCGUCUUGGCCCAAUAGUGUCUACGAGGCAGAGAAAGUCUUGCUUCAGACCUUCGCCAAAUCUCCAGAGCUCUGCACAGCCUUCUACCUGAACAAUGACUUCUGCGAAAAGCUCCUGAAUCAAGCUGCGGCUGCCUUCGAGUAUGGAGUGUACAGGGAUGCACCUGCACAUACCCAAUUGAGGAUGAACAACCCGCACUGGGAGGAGUCGGUCCAGAAUCGCGUGGCAACCGCUGCUGCGGAGGCACCGCAUGCCUUCGUGCACUUUUUUGCACUUCGUUGGGGUAAAUCUGACUUGUAUGAUGGCUUUAUAGGGUCUUCAUCUUAG